GCACACAGGUGGGCGAGUCCGCCCUGCACCGCCGAGCCCGCGGUGCUGGGUCCGAGACGCAGCCGCGCCCAGAGCAGCCGGUCCUCCUCCCGGUCCCCGCCUUCGUCGGAGGGCAGGUAACUUCUCAGCCAAGGUCAUUCUCCAGGCCCGCCCACGCCCUCGGAGCGGCUGGCUCGGAGUGGGCUGGACGGCGAUCUCGGGGCUGCCGGGGACUCCUGGCCAGCCCGGGGCGGGUGGAUGGUCGCAGCGCCGGGGCGUCGCUUGCCGGCACCUGCGAGGGCGUUGGCGUUAAUCACAAGCGAGGAUGUGUUUACAGGAUGUGAGUUGAGUUCUUGCCACCUUUACCUUCUGAGAGCUUCUUGUGCCUCUCAUGGUGACAGGUGCAAACACUGAAGGGCACUAUGAAGCCAGUUAAAAAAAAGAAAACCGAGGAACCCGAGUUGGAGCCCCUGUGCUGCUGUGAGUAUAUAGAUCGAAAUGGGGAAAAGAACCACGUGGCUGCCUGUUUGUGUGAUUGUCAAGACCUCGAUGAAGGCUGUGACAGAUGGCUCACCUGUAAAUCAGUGCGGCCAGAGACUUGUGAAAGAAUCACAGAUACCAUUUCUGAUCGCCUCCGAAUUCCUUGGCUUAGAGGAGCCAAGAAAGUUAACAUUAGCAUCGUCCCGCCGCUCGUGCUUCUGCCGGUUUUCCUUCACGUGGCUUCCUGGCACUUCCUGCUUGGGGUGGUGGUUCUGAUCUCCCUUCCCGUGCUGGCGCUCUGGUACUACUACCUCACUCACAGAAGGAAAGAGCAGACACUGUUUUUCCUGAGCCUUGGACUGUUCUCACUGGGCUACAUGUACUAUGUGUUCCUGCGGGAAGUGGUUCCCAAAGGGCGUGUAGGGCCUGCUCAGCUGGCUCUUCUUACCUGCGGGCUACUCCUGAUACUCUUAGCCUUGUACCGAGCCAAGAAGGAUCCAGGCUACCUCAGCAAUCCAGCAUGCAAUGACAGAUCCCCAAGCAACAGCCAGAUCGAAUGCCCCAUCAGAAAAGGGCAGGAGAAGACCAAAGGGUUCCCCGGAACAGAUACCUCGGGGAGCCUCAACAACCGCACGCUGAAGGAUGAUAUUAAGGGCUCCUCCAGGGUGGGACUUGACAGCCCUGCCAAGGUGAAGGAGGACUGGUGUGCCAAGUGCCAGCUAGUACGACCCGCCCGGGCAUGGCAUUGCCGGAUAUGUGGUAUCUGUGUAAGGAGAAUGGAUCAUCAUUGUGUCUGGAUAAACAGCUGCGUUGGAGAAUCAAAUCAUCAAGCAUUUAUACUUGCCCUUUUGAUCUUCUUGCUCACUUCCGUGUACGGGAUAUCGCUGACCUUGAACACCAUUUGUAGGGAUAGAAGCCUCUUCACAGCCCUCUUCUACUGUCCUGGAGUUUAUGCAAAUUACAGCUCGGCUCUGUCCUUCACCUGUGUGUGGUACUCCGUGAUCAUCACAGCGGGCAUGGCCUACAUCUUCCUCAUCCAGCUGAUAAACAUCAGCUACAACGUGACCGAGAGGGAAGUCCAGCAGGCCCUUCGGCAGAAGACAGGCCGCCGGCUCCUCUGUGGGCUCAUCGUGGACACAGGCCAGUACAACAGGGGCUUUCUGCGCAACUGGUACCAGUUCUCCACCCUGGGCGCGCACACGGUCCACGCCCCUGCCGAGGACAUUGUCUGAAGUGCCUUCCGUGCAGCUCUGAGGGACACUCCUUUCUCUGUCCUUCCAUUUCACACUUCAGUGUCCACGCAGGAUUCACCGUCAUCACCCUCCUCUCAGAGGUACUGCAGGGCCAUGCUCAGGUUUGAAGAAAGGACUGAAGAAAAGGAGCUUUUUCUUCUGACUUCCUAACUUAAGGGAUUUGAAUACUGAAGCUGCAGGAGUAGAGCCAUUCCUUUGCAGUCACCUUGCUGAAGCUGCAAAGGAUGUGGAUUACUCAUGCACAGGCCAGUAGGAGGAGUUUCUGUCCAUCCAGUUGAGGAAAAGCGUUAGUUCAAGGGACAUUUCCUAGCCCUCCUUUCAAUUCUUAAUAGCCAUAUGACCCCUCGGUAGUCACUUUCCCAAGUCUCAGGUUCAUCUGGAUGGGGGCUUCUGCUGCCUGGCUACCUCACGGAGCAUCCACGAGGGCCACCUGAGGAGGGACCUGGAAAGCACUCCGGUCCAACUCAGGCAUUUGGAGGUAUCAGGUGUUAUUAGGGAAUCCCUAAGACUGAAGCAGACUGCUUGUCGAUCAGAAUACUGAAGCCAAUAUUACGAUGUUAUAGAAAUUCUCCUGAAGUGUUAGACCUUGUUCUCACGGAUCAGAGGUGAUAAGCGAUUGAUGCUGGUCGUCUCGUCUUGAGAAGGGCAGCUGACGAAGGGAUAAUGACUAUCCCCGCAGUGUGGCGUGGGGAGAAAUGUAAGUGACGAGUGUUUAUUAAUGUAUCAUUUUAGGUUUACUGUAAUUCUAACAAACAAUGUUUGCUUUCCCUCCUUCCACAUUUCACCUGGUGAGGUGCUAGCACACUGGUGGCCGGAAGGGGAGGAACUGUCCUGUGAGAACAUUUUACCCUCUUUCCUGGCUAGGGAGGCUGAUUAAUAUCAAGGGCUUGAUUUAUUUUUUUAUUAUUGUGCGUGUAUUUCUAGUGCUGUAGGUUUAUAGCACAAAAUGGGAACUUCUGUCUGGCAUGAACUCUCUCUGGGUGACUGACACUUUCCCAAUCCACAUUGUGUCUUGUUCCCCUUUCCUACUAAAAGUAUCUCUCUAGGAGAGAGCAACAGGGUACGUGCGCUUUCCAAUAAUGGACAGAUUGCUGCUUUCUAGCUCUCCCCGAUACCGAACGGUCCCUUUGUGUCUCAGAACUGUAACCUAGGAAAGAUUGUCUAUUUCUGCAGGAUGGGCAUCUUUCGGCCAUAGAGAUGGGAGAGUCCUAAGAGGAAAACUGCCUCUUGACGUGUUUGGUUUUUACACAUGUACUUUCCUGGGAUCCCAAAGAUCAAAGACACUUUGUGAGACCUUAAAUUUGCCUUGGCCUUGUUGCUUCAUAGAGGGGAAACAGUGCUGCAUUUCCCCCUUUUGUGCCUGCUGAUAAGCGUCGAGAGGAAUCCCAGGGCCUCUGCAGUUAGCCCUGGUCCUUUGCAGAGUGCCACCACCCUUAGGCUGGCGUUAGCCAGGGCUCUCCUGAGGACAGGGGCCACAUUUUCAUCCAGGUGUGUCAUUGCUCUCCCCAGAGAGCUACUGUUUAACAAACAAUAGACUCCAUAUUCUACUGGGGUUAGCCAGAGAGAGCCUGGGGGUGUUUGCAGCUUCUACAGCGAUGCCUGUCCCUGGCCUAGAGUCAGACGUUCAUUUAGAAUGAAAGUUGGCUUGGAUACGACUAAUUUCCGUGUGGGUUUUAGGUAAGAGAGAUGGUAGUAAUGUCAGACAGCUUACGUGGGCAGAAAUUGGUAGUUUUCAUGUCUCUUGAAUGCCAGGUAUCUAGCCAACUCGGAACCUCUAGCUCUGCUGACAUAUAUAGAAGUUGUGUAGUCAGUACUUGUAGCCUGCCUCAUCUUCAGCAGCUGUGCUGAUGUGACGUGAUGGUGAGCGCUACACCAAGACCCGUCACUGGGAGAAUGAGGAAUGACCGCUGCCUUUCUCAGAGUUGGCCACUCAAGGGUCAAUUCCCCUCACAUGGAUGGGGGGAUUCCUUGUUGGCUCUGGGACUCACUGGAAUGAAGAUGCUUCAGUUUCUCUUCUGUUUAGACUUUCUUUGUGUGUGUGUGUGUGUGUGUGUGUGUGUGUGUGUGUGUGUGUGUGUGUGUGUGUCUGUCUCUGUGUCUGUGUCUGGAGUUAUAGGCAUCCGUGAGCUACCUGCUGUGGGUGCUGAAGCUGAACCCGGUCCUCUGGAAGAGCUGCAUGUGCUCUCAACUGCUGAGUCAUCUCUCCAGCCCGAAGCUUAUGUUUCUGGAGAACUGAUUGGUGGCUUUCAAAAGAAAGUCAAACCUGUAAGAAGAUCCUUGUUGUGUGGAUCUUUCAGCCUUCUCAUCCCUGCUUCCUUACUAAAAGUAUCUCUCUAGGAGAGAGCAACAGGGUACGUGCGCUUUCCAAUAAUGGACAGAUUGCUGCUUUCUAGCUCUCCCCGAUACCGAACGGUCCCUUUGUGUCUCAGAACUGUAACCUAGGAAAGAUUGUCUAUUUCUGCAGGAUGGGCAUCUUUCAGCCAUAGAGAUGGGAGAGUCCUAAGAGGAAAACUGCCUCUUGACGUGUUUGGUUUUUACACAUGUACUUUUCUGGGAUCCCAAAGAUCAAAGACACUUUGUGAGACCUUAAAUUUGCCUUGGCCUUGUUGCUUCAUGGAGGGGAAACAGGAAAUACACACUCAGCCUUCUGAAGUGCCUGUUUCUAGGAGACAGGAAACCAGGGGCUGUCACAGCAACCUCCACUAGGCCCCAGGCCAUCUUCAGCAUAUAUUCCUAGACUUUUGAGCUUGCUUAUGAGCUCUAGUUGUUUGUGGGAUUUUGUUGUAGGCCUUAGUAUUCUCCAGGUGGUAAAAGAUUUAACUGGAGUCUUUAAAAGGUCAAGGCCUUGCCAGUGGUGGUACAUGCCUUUAAUCCCAGCACCUGGGAGGCAGAAGCAGGUGGAUCUCUGAGUUCAAGGCCAGCCUGGUCUACAGAGUUCCAGGACAGCCAGGGCUACACAGAGAAAUCCUGUCUUGAACAAAACCAAAAAACCACCCAUCCAACCAACAACAACAAAAAAGAGCCAGGCCUUUGUGAAUGGGCUGUCCGAAGCAUCCAGUGUGGCUAAGCCACCAGUCCCUUGACCAUGGGAGAAAGUGCUCCUCAGAAAUGUGACUCAGAGAAGCAGGCUCUCUCUCUUGGCCUACAGCUGAACUUCAUAAAGACCCAUUCUGUCCCGAUCCCUUACAUAACCACCACACCACCGCACUACCACACCACCACACCACCGCACUACCACACCACCACACCACCGCACUACCACACCACCACACCACCACACCACCACACCACCGCACUACCACACCACCACACCACCACACCACCACACCACCGCACUACCACACCACCACACCACCACUCACGGGCGGGCUACUCUGAAGGCCGCUAAAAUGAAGCCUUAAGCAUGUUUCGGGGACAGUGCCGUGAGUUUCUCCAGCCACAUAGUUGUGUAGGAUAUUGUAAAUCUCUGCUCUCCAAGUGGCACCUUCCUCUGGGGAAUGCAUUGAUUGUUGUCUACUGUACUAUCUGCCUAGAAGGAAGAUUGCUGUCAACUUCCUCGCCUGCAAUAGUCCUUGGGACUUCUAAUAUUUUUAGCAAGAGAAAACUUUGUAUACUAGAACCUUCCACUGCCAGAAAACACAAUGCCAGUAAGAGUCUGUAAUACUCCAUCUGCCCGACAGACUUACUUCCUUUGGGUAGGACAUGAGCUGUUUAUUAUAAAGCUCAACUGACAAGCAAAACCCUGUGGACGCACAGCUUUACCCGUGAAGUUUAAGAAGUAAUGCUCUGAGCAUCCCCUCAUCUCUUUAAACUAGCUAGCUAGGUUUCUAUGACUUCACUUCCUGUUAGCCAUACUUGGAUACCCUGCCUUUCAAAAAGGAGACUUUUAUCCAAACAAGUAGUGGAUGUGACUUGUGCUGGAGGCACCUGCUUGGAACCCGGUUUGCUUAGCAGCAUUUGACAAGUCAACUGUUUCCUGUUACACAUGCAGAGGUCGUUCGGGAAGAAUGGAAACCAUGUCAAACUGAACACUGAAUGAAACUCACGAUGUUCUGGUGAAUGUUCGCUGAGAUUCAUGUAACUGUUCUGAAGAGGCAGCUGACCUGAGUCCUGACACUGGUGGACAGUCAUCUGCACUUGAACUGGCUCUGACAUUUCACUGUAGGGACGGCGGGCUGAUUGGGGAGCAAAGCCCGUGGCUUGCUCCAGCUUGGGCUUGUGAUUCAUUAGGACUGGAGCCUUCCUGGGGUGCUUUUCACCUUUAGAGACUCAUAUUUCAAGGCAAAGCUUUGAAACCAGGGAUAGUCUGCUUUAAUGAUACAAAUACAAUUUUGAUGUUUUUCAGGCAAAGCCAUUGACAAAUGCCAUGUGAGAGCAACAAGCUCAUUUGUGGUGCCAGGGUCUGGGUGAGUGGAUGAUCUGUUAGGGCUUUGGGGCCUUUUCAUUUGAUCUAAUUUCGGGGUCUGACAUUAGACCAAGUGAAACCCAGGAAUGAGUUUAAUGUUAAAUACAAUAUUUAAUAUGAUGAAGUAGGAUUCCUGAAGCCAAGCUGGGGGCUAAGGCCUGGACAGUUGGCACUCUGUACCUGUACCCACACCCUCUCCCCUCAGACUCAGGCGCAAGGCCUUUUAAAUGGAGAUUUUACAAACUACUGCCAUUUGUGCAAAACAGGGUCCUGUGACAAGCCGUUUAAAAGGGAAAUAAAGUGCUUUCUUUACAGAAA